AAAUCUGGAAAGACUGGUGACCAACCCUCCCACCCUCUCUUGUCUUGCGACCAAAACUAGUUUCAAGACGACCGGGCGAAAAUAUUUUUCUUUCCCUUGAACGAACGGAUGAUUGAGGCGUCAACUUCCCGACAUUUCAUCCGACAUCUCCCCUCUCUAGACAAAAGUUUGUGGAUCCUCCAAGAGUUUGGGAACUAAAGAUUGAUAGAAAGCCUCCUUUUUUCUGUAGGUGGGAACUUUGAAAACAUGGAUUGGGGGACGGAUCUUUGGGACCAGUAUGAUGGUAUUGAUAAACACACCCAGUCAGGACUGGAUCUGGUGGACCGAUAUGUGAAGUUUGUGAGAGAACGGACCGAGAUAGAACAGAACUACGCCAAGCAACUCAGAAACCUCUCCAAGAAAUACCUUAAACGAGGCAGCAAGGAGGAGCAAGAGUGUGGGUUCACCAAUCACCAGUCAUUCCAGGACAUUGUGAAUGAGCUGAAUGACUAUGCGGGCCAGAGAGAGCUGAUAGCAGAGAACAUGAUGACUGGAAUCUGUGUAGAACUCACCAAAUACCUUCAGGACCUCAAACAAGAACGCAAAACCUCUCUCUCCCCCCUGGGAUGUCAAAAAGCUCAACAGAACUUGGAGAAAUGUUUCAAACCUGGAACUAAGAGGCGUUUUGCCAAGGAGUGGGGAGAGGCAGAGAAAGCCACACAACAAGCGGAGAAAAUUGAGAACGACACAAACGCUGUGAAAGCAGAUGUUGAGAAGGUGAAGCAGCAUGCCCAUGUGAAGACACACACAGCGGAGGAGUGCAGGAACGACUAUGCCGCCCAGCUCCAGAAAUACAACAAGGAACAGAACACCUUCUACUACACAGAGAUACCGCAGCUGUUUAAUAAGCUGCAGGAUAUGGAUGAGCGGCGUAUCAGGUGCUUGGCAGAGGGCUACAGUCAGUUUGCUGAGGUAGAGAAGAAGGUUUUACCCAUCAUCACUAAAUGUCUGGACGGGAUCAGUAUGGCAGGGCGGAACACCAACGGCAAACAGGACUCCUUGCGGUUUAUAGAACAACACAAGUCAGGUUUUGAGCGACCGGCUGAAGUGGACUUUGAAGACUACAGCCAAGGUAUCAAACCAGCCUCCUCAGACGCCAACCUCAACCAACCUAAAAUACGCACUAAACUGUGGCCCUUCAGUCACAAGAAAACCAAGUUCCAGAGGAUAAAUGCUGACAAGCACAUGUCUCCAGCUGCUGAGGACUUCUCUCACCUGCCUCCAGAACAGAGGAAGAAGAGACUUCAGUCCAAGAUUGAUGACAUCACCAAGGAACUUCAAAAGGAGCUGGACCAGAGUGAGGCAUUAGAGAAGAUGAGAGGUGUUUAUGAACGGAACCCUCAGAUGGGAGACCCAGCCAGUCUAGAACCUCAGAUCACCCAGACCUCGCAGAACGUUGGACGACUCAGGGGACAACUCACCAAAUACGAGUCGUGGCUGGCUGAGGCUUUCAGAGGAGAUGAUUCUACCAACACUGCUGUCAACGACAAUCAAUACUGUUCCAUGUCAGCUGAUCCGUCUCAGAACAUCUACUCAGAGUUUGAUGAAGACUUUGAUGAAGAUGUGGAGACUCCUAUAGGAAAGGCUACUGCCCUCUACACCUUCCAAGGGUCCAGUCAGGGGACAGUGUCUAUAACAGAAGGCGAGCAGCUCAGUGUGAUGGAGAGUGAUAAAGGAGAUGGAUGGAUGAGGAUUCUACGAGCCAACGGAGACGAAGGAUACAUCCCCUCAUCCUACGUCAAAUUCUAGACAAUAACACACACAUGCACACACACACACACACACAUGGAUACACCGAUUUAACA